AUGCACGUCAGCGGCAUACACAAUAUCUGCACUACUGCACCACCAAGUUCAUGGAUUCAUCAAACAUUGGCCAUUAUUCAGUCUCAACCAGCUGAGGUUAAAAAUUACAAAAUUCUAUUAGCACCAGAAGUUUUACGUUCAUGCUUAAAGAAAACGCCAACAUUCACUGCACGUGAAAUUGUUAAAUGUUUAUUUCCUGAUCAAGAAAAAUUAACAACACUGAAAGCAUCUGAUUUAAAUCAUGAAUUAUUCGGUUCAACGGAAUAUCUCAAAGAUCGUUUUUCGCCACCAGUUGUUGUCGAUCCUUGUAAAAUCAAAAAGGGCAUUACAAAUGCUGGUGCAGAAGCUAGACAGUCGUUAGGAUUUCUUGUUUUAAAAGUUCCAGAACGUUCAAAUCGUGUCAGUAAUCGAGACGGGUCGACAACAACGGCUGGAGAUGGUCACAAUUCUGAUCAAACAUCCUUAUUGUCUCCACUUCAACCACCACCGUCGAUCACUUUUGUCAAAACCGACGAUUCGAAUGCUCCCUUAACCGAUUCAACCAACACAAAAAAUACUCAAUCACAACAAAAAUGA